CGGUCGGCGAGGGUGACGUGGCGCCGGGAUGACGUCAGUGCGGGGCAAGGCGGGCGUUGACGGUCGGUCAGUGUGAGUGAGUGAGGAGAGAGCGGGGUCGCUGCCGUCCUCCCUCCUGUCAUGGACGCUCCCAGCCAAGAUAUCAACCUUAACUCUCCCAACAAAGGUCUGCCUGAACACAUGAUUGAUGUGCCUGUGGAUACCCCAGCCGGUGGUGACGGAGUGGGUGUGCUGUCUGAAGUGGAAACGGAGGAACUAAAGAGUGAACUCAUCAAGGUUGAAGACGAAAUAGCAACACUGCGGCAGGUUCUUGCAGCCAAGGAAAAACAUGCUGCAGAGAUCAAACGAAAGUUGGGGUUAACUACUUUUAAUGAACUCAAGCAGAACCUUAGCAAAGGCUGGCAAGAUGUGCAAGCAUCCAAUGCCUAUAAAGGCGCGUCUGUGAAAGUUGAAGAUUUGAAUAAGACAAUUACUCAGUCUGAAGUUUACAAGAAGACUCAAGCGACACUUUCUACAGCUGGAUCCAAGACUUCGAGCGCCAUAUCUAGUGUUGGGUCAGUGCUGAGUAGGACGCUGGGUGAAAUCAAGGAAUCGCCUACCUUCAAAUCAUUUGAAGAAAGCGUUGGAAAUCUAAAGGCUAAGGUUGUUGGAAAUGAGAACAAUGCCAAAGACGGCUAUCAAUCUCCCACUGCGACAAGUCCCACCGCGGAGGAAAAGCUACCCCAGGAUAGUGCACCCUUCUGAGCAAGAGAUGACCUUCUCACUACCCGAGACGCCGCUCAUUUCCAAACGCCAAAUUUCUUGCAAGCAUUACGUAAAUGUACAUAUGGUUGUUGGAAUUUGGAGAGGCGUAUUACUGCUGUUCUAGAAAUCUGAUAACCAUUUUGUAAUAUGUAAAUCCUUAGGGGGAGGGGGGGGAGAAGAAAAUAUAGACCUUCAAACUUCUGACAAGUUUCAAAGCCUCAGCUUUUACUUUACUAAACUAUUGUCACCAAGAAAAUUUAGCUUUGAGUACCUUUUUUGGAAACCUAAUUUUCGACAGUUUCAAGCACACUACUUUUGACGAUGGUUCAUAUCAUACCUGCCUUAUUUUGUGCUUAAAUUACACUUUUAUAAUUCUGGGACAGAAGUGGGUUGAAUUUCCAGCACCUGUCUAAUGACUGAUAUUUGAAGAGUUAAUUUGGCCACGGAUUUCUUCUGCUUUUAGUGUAUCUCCAGCAUCUUUAAAUAUGUUUACGACAUUUAUGUUAGCAACCGAAGCAUGCAGACUUUUCCUUUCGGAAGAAAGAGCAGCCAAAAAAAAAAAUACCAGUUGGAUACAUGCUGUGGUUUGUACACACAGUGGGCUAUAAGGGACAUUAAUAUAAUCGAGUUGGGUUUUAAUGGAACGAAACGGAAUUUAGUUUAGAAUGUUUUGAUGCAUAAUGGAUCAUUCUUUGACCAUUCUUGUUUUCAGACAAAAAUGGGAGUUGGUCUAAUGUUAGGUGUAUACCAGGGUGUAAUUGUAUAUUUCCCUUUAUAUCACUCGAAUGCUCACAAUAAAAUUGGUUAUUAAAGCAAUAUCAAAGAACAA